AAACCCUAAAACAAGAAUAAAAGAAAACAAAAUGCAGGCGCUGCUAGAGACUGAACUGAACUCUCCGGUAAACGCCACACACAGAGAGCAAGUCGUCCAGGUUUUCCUUUUUCGUAUUUUCUUCCACUCUUUUACCGCUGCAAUAGCAGUCAAUCGCGUCGGAGAAAAACUCCACCUCGUAACGUGAUUCCGAGCCAAAGCGGCUCAUUUUCUUUCUCUCUCUCUGGAUCUAUCCAUCUCUAUGGUUAUGUCUGAUUGAUAUUGUGUUUGUUUUUGCAAAACCUAUAUGAAUUUCUACUUAACCUCUGUUGCAAUAAAUCUUGAAGAAUGCUACUAUAAAUCUUUAUUAUUAUAAUUUUCUCUCUGGCUCUGGAAUGAUGCGAUUUAGCCAAAUCAGACAUUAAUGUGCUCCAUGAGGCAACCGAUAAUAUUAUCUGUUUUGAUCAUGUUGAAGCGCAUGUCUCUGAUGAUUAACAUGGAGAUUAGGUGUUUAUAUUCCUGACCAGAACCAGUUAACCGCAAUACUUUUCUUGUCUUAUAUUUUUUUGACUAAUUGUCUUAUAUACUAUCUACAUUUUAUGCUUGCUAGCAUUUAUGCAUGGUUCACAUACAACUCCAAUUAAUGGAGAGAAAAAAUGGAAUCCAAGUGCAUGUGCUUGAAUCUCUGAUUGCAAAUGCUUUUGAAGAGUAUUUCAUUUUCAGAUCCUGCAUAACAUUUGUUGGAUUGAUUGUCUCCUGGUAGACUUGGAGUUAUCAUGUCGUGUACUGCAUACUUAACACCGAUCAUACUUAUAAUCUUAAUGAAAGACUUGUGUCCACACUUCUUAGAAAUUACCAUGUUAUUAGUGGAUUUCAUCUUAUAAUCUUUGUUCUAUCAAUGCUGUAGUUCAUAAUGAGUCUCUUUUGCAGGUUUGUUUGUGUUGAAGGUUUGGGCGACAUCUUUAUCAUUACAUCGUUUACCUUUGCAAUAUGAUUAUUCUGCUUUGCAUUAUCCUCACCAUCAUGAAGGGUCCAACCCUUAGCUUUGGAAAUAUUGGUCAAUUAAUUAUUAUUAUAGGGAUGAGGACAAAAAUUUGAAAGUUGGAGAAGAGCUAUGGAGAGAAACUCUGCCAUUGCAAGGUGGCUCCUGCUUUUAUCAAUUACAAGGUCUGAAACCCCUUACGUGAUACCUGCUAGCUUUUCGUUACAAUUGAAGAGAAACAAGUCAGAUUUUGUGCAGAACAAUAACAGGAGAUUGCUCAACACUGAAAAGCUAAUUUUUAAGACCGAUAGCGAUCAGGAUGAAACCCAUUUAAUAUUGGUAACUGUGGAGCCAGAGGGAUUUCCUGCAAAACCGCAUGUACCCGAGAGGCAAUUUAUUAUCUUUAAUAUAGUGUGCGAUGAACUGCUGUUAGGCAUACCCUACAAAGCUUGGUGGGUAGUGGCACUAGCAUUUGUGUGUCUCGGAAUUGCAUUCAUUGUCCCUUCCUUUCUUCCAUCGUAUUUGCUACCAAAGAAUCAAGAGCUACAAUUAGAUCGUGUUUCGAAAACUUCUUGACAAGCUUCCCAGGAUGAUAUAGUUAUUGUAUGAUUGUCUAUCCAAAUGCUGAGGCACACUACAUACCAUUGAAAAUAGAAUCUUGGAAUUCACCUUCUGACGACUAGUUUAUCAAGUUUUGUACCUUUGUUCCAGCAGUUGUAAUGUAACAGAACUACUAGUCUUUGGUUUAUUUUGCUUAUGUUGAUGCUUACAACUUUGUGAUGUUAUUUUGCUUAUGAUACAUUUACAACUUUAUGAUGUUAUUUUAGUUAUCUUCUCUGUCA